AUGACUCUCGCGCCCUUCACCGAGUUUUUCCUCAAGGUUUAUUCCCCCGGAGACGCCACCCACGCGGACUUGAUCAUCGUCUAUGCGGGCCUAUACUGGCUUUUCAUGGAGUGCAUGAACGCCACUCAAGAUGCCGGUACGAAGUUGAAUUACCAAGCACAAGCCUUCACCUGUCGAGACAACCUGGAGACUGCCCUUUCUAGUCUGCCCUUCCAUCUACCGUCAACGAUAGAAACAACCUGCGCCAUGUUCUUAGCGGCAUUGUAUUGUCUCGAGAACUGCCAGCCGUCUGCUGCCUGGAAUUUUAUAGCGACCGCGUCUCACAUGACCCAGACCCUGGGCUGCCAUAGCAUCGCCGCCAUAGCGCACGAGGCUCCACAGAACAAGUACGGCAAGAUCAAGAUCUUCUGGCUCAUCUACGUCGUUGAGAAGGGUCUGUCCCUUCGCCUGGGACGAUCGUCCACGAUCCGGGACAACGACGUUACCGUUCCCCGUCCUCAAGCAGACACGUACGGGUUUCCGGAACCGACUCUGAUGUGUCUGUUUCCGGAAUGCACGAGGCUUGCAACGCUACAGGGCAUGGUAUACGACCAGAUUUACAGCCCGGCGUCACUGUGCCAGCCGCAGGAAAAUCGACAUACCGGGAAGCUGGCAGAGGUACUUGGAGAGCCGCUCUUUGAGGCCAUGGCCCGCACCGACAAAGUCAACCAGCUCGCGCUCUCCUGUCUCAUAUACCGGGCCGUUCCUCCCGAAGCAGGCGAGAAGACGGUCUUUGGGAAAGACUGCAUAAGAACUGCUCGUCAGGCCCUCGAAGAGCACAAGAGGUGCAUGACUCUUCUGAGUUCCCCCUUCAUACCGUUUGUCGUCAUGUUCUGCCACGUGGUCGAGACGUGCAAUCAGGGGGAUCUCGAUCUUCUCUCGGACCUAGUCGCCACGUUACGGUCAACGACGGCGGAGACCUUCUCCCCGGCCAUCAAGAAAGAACUGCGACUGUUCAGCGCGCUGUACGAUGUCGCGUGUAGCUACAUGAAGCUGAAGACAGACUCAUCAUCGCAGCCACAGCCGCAGCCGGCGAGCGGGGGGCCUGUGGAUCAUUGGAGCCUGACCGCUGGGUCGGUACAGCCGCCACCAGCUCUCUUGCAGGAAGCGGCAACCCCGAGCGGGAUGGCAUCGCUGCCGACUGAGACUGCGGCCAUGGGCGGCGGCUUCUCGAUAAACGACCCCCAAACGGUCCCGGAAUGGGGGCCUUUCACGCUGCCCGGGGACUUGACGAUGGAAGUUGACGAACAAGGUUCACAGCUUGGCAACUGGCUGUACGUGAAUAAUCAAAUGAUCAGGGCUCUCGAGAACAACUACUUCUGA